CGCUGGAUAGACAAAAAGCGUCUGGUUGGGAUCGCUCCCCCACCAGUCUCAAAACCACAGCUAACAGUGCGCGACCACCGACGAGAGGAGCAAGAAUGACAUCUUCGGGUGUCGGAGGAGGAGGAGGUGGCGGUGGUAGGUACAUGACUUACUCUCCGUCACCCUCUGUUCCUCACUCUCCUCACAUAUCCGGGUUACGGUCCGCUCCUUCGUCCGUCUCCGCCAUUAGGCUGGAACAGGAGAAGUAUCUCUCUGAGUUGUUGGCGGAGCGCCAGAAACUUAGUCCGUUUAUGCCUGUGGUACCAAUUACUUAUCGAUUGUUAAAUCAAGAAAUAUUGCGUGUAACCACGCUGUUGGGGAGUGCAUCAGUUUUAGGGCAGAGUGGGAUUGAACGUGCUAGCCCCCUGGCUUCCGGAGGGAUAUUCUCAAAUGGAGGAGCCGAUAUGAAUGGAUGGGCGUCACGUUUUCAAUCAGAUAUGUCGGGUUUAUUACAGCCCUCAUCAAAACAAAACUGGUUGAGUUCUCAAGGUAGCUCAUCUGGCCUUAUUGUUAAGAGAACUAUGAGAGUGGAUAUUCCUGUUGACAAGUAUCCUAAUUACAAUUUUGUUGGGCGACUCCUUGGCCCUCGGGGGAAUUCUCUUAAGCGAGUGGAAGCAACUACAGAGUGCCGUGUUCUUAUCAGAGGGCAUGGUAGCAUCAAGGAUCUAGCCAGGGAAGAAAUGAUGAGGGGGAAACCAGGGUAUGAGCAUCUGAAUGAACCUCUCCAUAUCCUCAUCGAGGCAGAAUUACCAGUAGAAAUAGUUGAUGCUCGCCUAAUGCAAGCACGUGAGAUACUUGAAGAUUUAUUGAAACCUAUUGACGAAUCUCAGGAUUUCUACAAAAAACAACAGCUAAGAGAGCUAGCAAUAAUCAAUGGUACGCUUCGUGAUGAAGGUUCUCCCAUGUCUGGUUCGGUAUCCCCCUUCCACAACAGCCUUAGUAUGAAGAGGGCCAAGACCAGAGGGUGAGGGAUCAUUGCUUCGAGUGGCAUUUGGAGCAUGCUUUGAGUUUAGUUUCUGCCAGUACACAGUAAUUCCCACCCAACAGGUGUUGCUGUCGGCCAAUGCAUCCACCUGCCAUCAUAGCACUGGCUUUGCUAGCGUGCCAAGUUCUAGCCUGUUGUUAUAUGAAGUGUGUUUAUCGUAAGUUUGGAGGAGAGGUUAAUGGCAGUAUCAUGUGGUGAAGGACUGAGUUCGAGGAUUUGCUUUUAGGCUGUUUGGGUGGAGCAGUGUCUCACUGAGAUUGUCAGUUUAUUAUUAGGCUUAUCGUAUGCUUUUAAUGAAAGUUCUGGUAUAAUGAUGUUGUAGUUAUUAUGCUUGCUAAUAUCCUGAUAGUGCACUGUUUGUAUUCAUUAAAGGUAGUCGAACUGUGUGAAAUUUGUGCGCGAUGGAAAUUUUAUUCGUGUUUAGAUUGUAAUUGAAAUUGGCCAAGGCGUUCUUGUCAUGAUU